AUGGCGGAUAUACGUGUGGAGUUACUUGACUUACACUCAGAAUUGAAAUGUGGAGUGUUUGGUCUAUGCUGUGUAGCGACCCUACUGCUAUUUUGCUAUGUUCUUUGCAGAUUGGCUAUUGCUCCAAGGAGGAUGCCACGUAGCGAGCUUAGUGUUAUUCUUCUAUCAUGUGCUCAGUUGAUUUUUGGUAUAAUUUUUUACUUCGGCACGCAGAAUCCAUUCUUGCAAGUACUGAAAAAAGCAGUUAAGGUGGUACAGGCGGAGAUCAUAUCAUGGAGCUGUAUUCAUAAAAUGCUGGACAGGAAAAGACAACGUAUGAAAAGGGCAAGGGUUAUGUUUCACCUAGUUUCUUUCUGGAUAGUAACAGUUUUGCUCUAUAGUUAUAUCAAUGUAGACUAUGACACCAUAUACCUCAACUCCAAAAUAGGUAUAUUAAUGUCAGGCAUGUGGUGUGUCAUGUCUAUGACUGUUAUAUACGUUGCGCAUAAAAUCCGAAAGAAUCUUGAUGUCACGAAACUGAGACAGAUUGAUGAGAAUAGGAGCGACGAUGCAACACCGAGUAAUGUAACAGAUGUGGACCAGUUGGGCGCCGAUAUAGGUGACCUUGUUGAGUGUGAUAGCGAGACCAAGUACCAGCAGCUGUUGUUACUUGUGAUUGUCGAGGCUGUAACAGCACUUGGUACUUUAGUUUGGGACAUAGUGCUCUAUUAUUCAAUUAAACAGAGCAUGAGUGAUAAGGUGAUGGAGCUUGACAUGCCUAUACUGAAGGAAGUAUUAUAUGUGCUGUCGAACACCAUACUCAUCCUUAUACCGAACUGGACAGUGUUUUACGUAUUGUACUGGGUACAACGGCACAGCUACAGCAACGUUAGCUCGACAUGGGAUAUUAAGCUGAACGCACUAAAACGAUCUAGGCAUAGAUCCAGGAGUCGGGAUUAUGAGAGUUCGCGUAGACACUCGAGCAGAUCAAGGAGAAGAGAGCGUAGCGAAUCACGAUCACGUACCCGUUCAUACCGUAGCAGAGACAAGUCAAGUAGACCACGUUCUGAGAAGAAGUAUGUAGAUCCCGAGGAGCGUGCACGUAUAGAGCAUGAGAAGCGGCGUCAACGUGAGAUUGAGGAGGCUCAGCGUGAGGAUUUGACCGUUUUGGUCAUUAACUUAUACCUUGGGGCAGAUGAACGCAAAAUAUAUGAAGUCUUUAGUGAGCACGCAGGGAAAGUUCGGGAUGUCCAAUGUGUCCGUGAUGCCAGAUCAGGGCGGUCCAAAGGGGUGGCCUAUGUAGAAUUCUACACUCAAGAAUCUGUCAUCAAGGCACUGGCGAUGAACGGUUUCGAGCUAAAUGGUCAACGUAUUCGUGUGCAAUCAUCGCAGGCGGAGAAGAACCGAGCGGCUCGAGCUGCAAAACUUAUCCAGCAACAAACGGUAGAAGUUGCUGACUCACCCUUCACUAUUCAGGUCACUGGACUGACAGGUUCACUGUCAUCAAUUAGUGAGGUUGAGAUUAAGCAAAUGUUUUCACCUUUCGGUACCAUUAUCGAUGUGGAGAUUAUGCGUGAUCCACAUUCUAAUUUGCCACUAGGCCAAGCUUAUAUCAAGUUCAAACGUGCGUCGGAAGCGAAGGAGGCUGUGACUGCCAUGAACGGGUUCGAUAUCGGGGGUCAAACUAUUAAGGUUGCAUAUGCAACAGGUGCUAAUGCUACAGGUCGAUUAGCGACCCAUGGUGAAGUGGAUAUCGAGCGUUUGGAUGAGGACGGCGGCGGUCUUAUAUCUGGAGCCAAUACCAAAAUCGCAUUGAUGCACAAGUUACAGAGGACCUCAACAGAUGCCCCUGCUCCACAGCAGACUACACAGGCACCGGUGACUCCAGUGAAUACUGGGAUAUCGUCGACGCCUACUUGCAACAUAACGCUGAACAACAUGUUCAGUGCUUCGGAUCCUACGGUUUCUGAGCCUAACUUUUUCGAUGAAGUGGAGGAAGAUGUAAACGAGGAGUGUAAUAAAUACGGUAAGGUAGUGAAAGUAUACAUCGACCGUGCUGCUAUUGACGGGAAGGUCUGGGUGAAGUUCGACAACUUAUUAGAUUCUACAGUAGCAUUUCGGAACCUUAAUGGUCGUGUUUUUGCGGGAAACACAAUCAAGGUAGAAUAUGUCACAGAUGACCACUGGCAGAGGAUGGUCAGACAUCUCAUGGAAAUAGAUUUUGACCCUCAAUAUCGUAAUUGGAGGCGUACGCAAGUGAAACAGCUGUUUGACGCCCCAAUCCAUGCAUCUGUGUCUCCAGAUUGUAAAGAUGUUGAAAAAAACCUUCUGUGCUAUGCCAAGAUGUGCGGAAAACUUGUACUCUGGCUAGAUUGCGAUCGAGAAGGGGAGGCCAUUGCCUUUGAGGUGAUUACCGUAUGUAAGCGAGUGAACAAGAAUAUUAAUAUAAGACGUGCGAUAUUCUCCGCUGUCACCAGAUCGGAGAUUGAGAGGGCCUGUGGUCAACUGAGGGAUCCAAAUCGCAAUUUGGCAGAGGCUGUUGAGGCUCGGCAGGAAAUCGACUUGCGAAUUGGGUCGUCGAUGACAAGGUUCAUGACCAUAAAUUACAAACAUAGAAUAAAUACUGAGGCAAAAGUACUCAGUUAUGGACCAUGUCAAUUGCCUACUCUUGGUUUUGUCGUGGAACGUUAUCGUAAAAUCGAGACUUUCCGUCCUGAGGAUUUUUGGUCGAUCCAACUUUAUGUUGAUAACGAAGGGGAUGAGCAUUUAUUUAGGUGGGAUCGUGUACAGCUAUUUGACCGUCUCGCUGUCCUCACGCUCUAUGAGGCAUGUCUGGAGAACCCCAAAGCACGGGUUACGCAUGUCAUCAAUAGGCCAACGAAGCGAUAUCCUCCGCUCCCACUGGAUACUGUCGAGAUGCACAAGGACGCUGCGCAGCAUUUGAAAAUAUCAUCUCACGAGAGUAUGCGUCUCGCUGAAGCUUUAUACAACAAAGGAUACAUAAGUUACCCUAGAACUGAGACUAACGUUUUUCCAGCGUCGAUGCAUCUCCGGGAUCUUAUAGAAAUGUUUGCAGGGCAUCCACUAUUUGGCAGUUACGCUACCAGGUUGCUUCAGGGUGACGAUAUAGUGCCGAGGAAAGGUAAUAAAAACGACGAGGCUCACCCUCCUAUCCACCCCGUGAAACCGUUGCGUCGUGAUGAAGCAGAUUCGCUACAAAGUUGGCAGCUGUACGAAUACAUCACCAGAAGGUUUCUGGCUUGUUGUAGCCCUGCGGCACUUGGACACGAGUCUAUCGUGUUCCUGGAUGUUGCCGGCGAGGGGUUCCAUUCGAAAGGUCUGCUGGUCCGAAAACGUAACUGGCUGGACAUAUAUCCAUACAGUUCCUGGACUGGUAAUUCGAUACCUGCCAUGGAUGAAGGGGAGGAAUUCAUGCCGUCGAAGAUACUAUUGGCCCAAGGGCGCACGAGGCCACCAGGGCUGCUCACAGAAACGAACCUAAUCGAUCUUAUGAAUAGGCAUGGUAUUGGAACAGAUGCAACUAUGCAUGAGCAUAUCCAGAAGGUACAGGAUAGGCAUUAUGUUAAGAAGGAAUCUAAUUUCACUAUGAUCCCAACUAACCUUGGGAAGGCGUUAUACCGUGCAUUCAAAAGUUACGGUCGUUCUCAGAUCGACCUUACAAAGCCUAACCUUCGUGCCAAUAUGGAGCGUGAUAUGUGCGCGAUAGCUGUUGGCGAGAAGCGUAAGGAGGAUGUUGUGACGAGUUAUACUCAGCAAAUGAAAGAGAUUUUCCUUUAUAUCGAGAACAAUAUCGAUGAUUUUGAAGCGGCAAUGAACGAGUUACAAGAUAGAGCCCCGGACGAUGCGUCACCGCCCAAUUCUACAUCUGUGAUGUCAUUUAUGUAA